AUGAAGUGGUAUCUCAUCUUUGCACUCAUGAGUGCAGCUGUUGUUUUGACCUUUGACCCAGAUUACAAGACGUCAUCACUCCCCCCCUACAUGAUCUACUUGAAAUCUGAUUACUUGCCUUGUGUUGGAGGCCUGAUCCACCCCCUUUGGGUGAUCACAGCUGCACACUGUAACUUACUGAAGCUUCAGUUAAUACUGGGGGUUACAAAACCAUCAAAUCUAAAAGAAGAAAAGCAUAUACAAGUGGUUGGUUUUGAGAAGAUGAUUCAUCAUCCACAAUUCUCCAUCACUUCUAUUGAGCAUAACUUCAUGUUAAUCAAGCUGCAAACCCAUAUUGAACUCAAUGACUAUGUGAAACUGGCCAGCCUGGCCAAAGAACCUGCCACUGAAGACACCAUGUGCACUGUCUCCACCUGGACCUACAAUGUGUGUGAUCUCUACAAGGACCCCGACUCACUGCAGAAUGUCAAUAUCUCUGUAAUAUCCGAGACUGAGUGGCGCGAAGCCUAUAAAACCUACAUCAGAGAUAGUAUGAUGUGCGUGGGCAUCGUGCCAGGAAGGAGGCUGCCCUGCAAGGAAGUCACAGCUGCCCCUGCCAUGUGCGAUGGGGUACUUCAAGGAAUCCUGACUUUUGCAGAUGGAUGUGUUUUGAGAGCCGAUGUUGGCAUCUAUACCAGAAUCAUUAACUACAUACCCUGGAUUGAAAAUACCAUCCAGAACAACUGA